AUGCAAGAAAUCCAAAACGUGGCUAGGGAGUAUAUCAAUGAUGAGGAGGUUAGCCAGGUCGUGGCAGCCAACAAGCGAGAGCCCGCCUACAGCCAUGCCCCCCCAAUUAUUGAAGUUUAUCAGCAGAUCGCCGACAAAGGCAUCCUGUCGAAGCCCCGACAACUCAAUGAUAGGACGGGAGGAAACAAAAACCUCUAUUGCAACUACUACAAGAACUACGGCCACAAGACCCAAGAUUGUUUCGACCUGAAAGAUGCUCUAGAGCAGGCGAUCCGGGAAGGGAAGUUGGCCGAAUUCUCCCACCUUAUAAGAGAACCCCGGAGACAGGAUCACGAUCGAUCUAGCGACAACAAGAACCGCGCCGUGAGACAGAAGCAAGAACCCGAGGAGGACAAUGAGCGCGGCCUCACUAUUGUAAAUAUUGUAGCCGGGAGAGAUGUUCCGCCCAGGUCGAAGUCGGCAAGAAGAAAAGACGCAAAAGUGUUAGUCGUGUCAUUAUCUAGCCCCGCGCCUCCCUCCAGGAGGGUACCAUCGAUAUCGUCCGGGCCCGAGGACCAAUGGUUCGACGACUUACUGGAGAACCCUCCCAUGGUAAUCACAGCUAGAGUUGGAACCGGCCUAGUAAAGCGAAUUCUAGUAGACACUGGAGCUUAUUCGAACAUCAUGUUUCGCAACAUGUUUGAUGCUUUAGGCCUCCAAGACGCCGACCUGAAGACCCACCAACACGGUGUGGUUGGCUUGAGCGACAACUUUAUUAAGCCUGAUGGGAUAGUCUCCCUACCGAUCUCAAUAGGAGAAGGCCGAGAGAAAAGGUCGGUAAUGGCGGAGUUCGUCGUUUUAAGGGACUCCACGGCCUACAACAUCAUCUUGGGUAGAAAAACCAUCAAUGAGUUUGGAGCAGUAAUUUGUACUAAGCUACUGGUGAUGAAGUUUGUUUCUGAUAAUGCGUUAAUUGGAUCUGUCAGGGGAGAUUUGAAAACGGCGGUCGCUUGCGACAACGCCAGUCUCUCCCUAAGGAAGAAAUCCAAAGAAGCAUCCGGGUCUUCUUGGCUGACCUAA